UUAUGAUGAGCACUGUUUUUUUUUUUGUCUCUGGUUCUUAUCAAAAACUUUUUUUUCAUCAUCAAAACCAAAUUAGAAUACAAAACCUUUGUCCACGACAGCAAUCACUUUGACGAUCAAAUCAAUCAUAUUAUGAUUCCUUGUGAUGUGUGAUGAGUUUAUUUUUGUUGACGAAAACCAAUCGAAUACCCGUACACAACUUUUUAUUCAUUCUGAAUUUCCGGUGAGAAAAAACGUGGGAAUCUGCUCUUAUGUUUGUUUUUGUUUAUUUUGUUUGUUUUCGUAUAUAUACUCAUUAAUUACAUUCAUCAAUUCGAAUCCAAUCAUUUUAUCGAAAGGUCACUAACGGAUGUUGACAAUAACAACGAAAACUACGACAACAAUGACAAACAUUAUGAAUGAAGAACGUAAUGUACUCGAUGAUCUUCUUGACAAUGGUGAUGAUGAAGAUUUUGAUGCCGAAUUGAAAGCGGCUAGAAAUUUUGAUCCUACACGAUUGGCAACCAAAACGACCACCAUUGCUCGUAAAAAUUUGGAUCUAAAGAAAAAAUCAACUACCAAACAAUCAUUAUCUACAACCGUUAAAGAUAAUGGCAAUAAGUCCAAUAAUAAUAAUUCCACAAAUCGAUCCACUGGAAAUGGAAACGGUCGAUCAGCAUCACGGGAAUCAACAUGCGAUUCACAAUAUAGUUGCGAUUCAGGAUCCUGUUCAUGUGAAGAUCAUAGCUCGAUGGCUGAUGAUCAUCACCCACCCACAGCUACUUUAAAGGAUAAAAAUGAUAAUGUUGAUGAUGAUCGUGCAUCCAAUGCCGAUGGUAAUCGUUCUUAUCAAUCAUUCACUCGAUCUCCUAGCUUAAAAAUCAAAAUUACCAAAAAUUCCAAUUCACGUACGGUGGCAAAAUCAUCAAAUCUAUGCGAUGAUGAUGUCGUUGAUGAUAUGGAUCAUGAUCAUGAUGAUCCAUCCAUAAUUGGACGUAAAAGGAAACAUGGCCGUGAAAAUAAUGAUAAUGAUGAUGACAAUGAUGGCCUUAAACGUAGCCGAAGACAUGCUGUGCAUCAUCAUCGCCAUUCAUCACCGAUAUCGAAUAAGAAAAAAAAUGUGAACGCAAAAAAACGCGAUUAUUCAUCACUAAUUAAAUAUUUUUUCAAAGAUAGUUGUUAUUUUGUUAUGAAAAGCAACAAUGAAGAGAAUGUUGAAAUCAGCAAACGUGAAGGUGUUUGGUCAACACCAUUGCCCAAUGAAAUCAAAUUGAAUAGUGCGUUCCAUGAGUUUCGUAAUGUUAUACUCAUAUUUUCCGUAAAAGAAAGCGGUAAAUUUCAAGGUUUUGCCAGGCUAUCAUCCGAAGCUCAAUAUGAUUUAGAGCCAGUAAAAUGGGUUUUACCACCAGGUGUUCAUAGCUGCCCGUUUGGUGGUAUAUUUUUUAUUGAUUGGAUCUGCCGUAACGAACUACCAUUUACACGUACAUCUCAUUUAUACAAUGCAUUUAAUGAAGCAAAACCUGUCAAGAUUGCACGUGAUGGCCAGGAAAUUGAACCAAAAACAGGCGAAGAACUGUGCCGUCUCUUUCCAGCGGAUGAUUUUGUCGAUCUGAUUCCAAUGUUGAAACGAAUGAAAAAACAGACAUUGAAUCGCCCACGAAAACGCCAUUCCCGUGGACCGUUUAUGGAUUUUAAUGAAGGCAAUGGUGUUGCUGCCCGUAACGAUAGCUAUCGAAACAAAACAUCAUCACAUCAUUUAUCAUCAUCAACAGCAUCUCUUCAUUCUAUCAAAAAACGACACGACUAUUCGGAUGGCUAUUAUUCUAAUCACAUUCGAGACGAUCGCUAUAAUCGAACAAUGCAACAGGCCCGAACCCGUUCAUCCGAACAUUAUGGAUCACUAAAUGGCUAUCAUCCUGGCUAUCGAACAGGUGGAUAUGCACAACCAGAACCGUAUCCUUUGGAUAAUGGUAGCCGUCGUUAUUCAUCUAGUAUGACAUUAUCAUAUUCAUCUCCUGCAAGUGGUUACCACCACCACCACCAUCAUCAUCAGACACAAUAUCGUACAUAUUCAACGACGGAUGUUCGACAACAAUUGCAUCGUGACCAUUAUAGCCACCAGCAUCAUCAUCGUUCAGGUUUAUAUCGGGACCGUUAUUGAUAUAUUCAUGUGCUAAGAAGAAGGAAAAACGAAACGUGGCCGUCACUCACGAACUUAAAAUGACGAUGAUUAUUUUUCAAAUCAGAAAUCUGGAUCGAGCGCAUAAAACAAGCUCUUUUUUCUUUAUGUAUAUUUAUAUUUUGCAUGGAAAUUCGACUCUAUCUGAUCAAUCAAUAACAUACUGAUGUAUUAGUUUCGAUCAAUUCAUUCAUAUAUUAUAUAUAUUAUUAUUAUUGAAAAAUAAAUUAAACUCAUUAUCUUCA